AUUUUUGGGUUAUUUGAUCAUCUUACCCUUUUCAUGCCUUACCAGCCACUUCUGCUCUCGUGGCUCAGCAUGGAAUUUUUUUGGUAUCUUAUUACUUAUACUGUUUUCUAAUUGAUAUUGUAAGGCUAUAAAACUUUAAUAAGCUAUUGUCCCUUGAUUGGUUAACUGUUUUUGGAGCUUUCCCACUGCUUACAUUUAACUUGAUAAGCUGUAUUUUGAUGAACAUUCCAGGAGUGGGAGGUCAUCAAUGAGUUGAGAAUUGAUAUGGCUAGGCUUCAGCAGAGGAUGGACAAUAUGCAGAGUAUGCUGGAGGCAUGCAUGGACAUGCAAAUAGAAUUGCAGCGAGCUCUGUGUCAAGAGGUUUCCGCUGCCUUAAAUCGGUCAAAUUUCUCAACAGAUAAGCUUGAAGGCACUGUGCCUAAGGAGGAAUCUCAGUGGAAUCAUGUGAAGAAAGGAAUAUGCUGUCUAUGUCAAGAUGGCCACAUAGAUUCGUUGCUGUACAGGUGUGGGCACAUGUGCACCUGUUCAAAAUGUGCACAUAAAUUGGUCGAAAGCAUGGGAAAGUGUCCAAUGUGCCAGGCACCGGUA